AUGUAAAGUAAUUUUAUUAAAAGAUAAUUGGUGUUAUAUCAAAUAAUAAAGAUAAUUCGAUUGUGGCUACAGGGUGAAGUAAUCAAAUUAAAAUAUAGGAGCUUAAACAAGGAAAUUAAAUAUAACUAUUAAGCGAGUAUUCAGAGUAAGUGUUUAUAUUAAAUAUCAUGAAACAAUCAAAUCAUUUUUUAUCUGAAGAUAAAGAUAAUUCAAUUAUGAUAUGGAAGUAGAAAUAAAAUAAUUAAUGGGCUUGCUAAUAGAAUAGAAUGGCCAUUCAAAUAGUAUUUUAUGUUUAUUACUGA